CGAUGUGAUAAUAACAGCACAGGUCCAUAUUAAUGGCAAAUCUCUCAAAUCCGAACAAACCAUACGAGUCGAGCACUCGGCGCCCCGCCAGAAAAAGGAUGUUUUCAAGUCUUGCAGUUGGUAAUAUUUAAUCGGCCGAUUAGCUUAAUCGGAGUUGGUGAGGGUGAGACCGGGCUAUAUAUUCUUACAUCAUGUUGGAUUAUUAGACACAGAACGACAGAGCGUGUCUGUAGUAUGCUCUCAUGGACAUGUGGACAGCUACAUAUAGGUUAGCCACAAAGAAGAGUAGUACUCUGUUCUAGGACGUUUGUGAAGAUGCGAUUAAAUUACUACAAAGUGCUCGGCUGCAGCAAGGACUCCACUCAAGAGGAGAUUAAGCAUGCUUACCAUCGACGCGUAUUGCAGUUUCAUCCCGAUAAAAAUGAUGCUGUGGACAUCCAAGAAUUUCACGACGUCAAGGAAGCCUGGCGGGUGCUCGGACAUCCACAAUGCAGGAAAAAGUAUGAUGCAGCCUGCAAACAGGAACAGUUAGAGGAAGAAGAUAGUCCUGUGUACGCGCAUCUCACACCGAACGAUCUUGAAGAAUCUGCUCUUGAAGACACAUUGUUUUAUCGCUGCAGGUGCGGCGAACAUUACUUCAUUGAACGAGAAGCUCUUCGGAAAAAGGACACUAUGCUCCAAGUGAUGUGCGACGGUUGUACGCUUAUUAUCAUUGUUGAAACGUAGCACAUUGUUAUUAUAGUUCAUACAAUAAAAUACAACCUUUGAUGACACCUAUAGACUUUUUUGAAAGAAGCUUGUAAAAUGUGACUGAACAUUAUUUAUUUGAA